ACCAGUCUGUAGGAAGGGCAGUAGCAGAAGGCUUGGUCAGGAGGGGUAAUCCAGAGGCAGAGUCCAUGUAACAGAACCAAGGUCAGGAGUCCAGAAGAUCAGAAACUAUGAGAAUAAUCCAGUCAGGGAGCAGGCAGGUGGCAAGGUCGAGGUUCAGAAGCGAGGUCAGGAUCUUGAGAUGUAGGCAGGGUUUAGAAUGCUGGACAAUCUACUAGUGAAUGCGUUCAAUAAUCUGGCUCCAGCUUGGUGUUCUUCCUUAUGUUAUAUAGAGAGGGUUAGCUGGUGGAGCUGAUGAGUUAAUGUGAGACAGGUGGUCUGGAUGAGGUAGGUGAUGAGCUGGUUGUGGUUGCUGGGGAAACUGGGCCUAGCUGGAGCAGUGGCAUGACAGUACAAUAUUUCAUAAUUCGUGUUGCAGGACCUCAAUGUUGUAAUGUUUAGAAAAUUGUGAGUCUUUAACCAGUUUCCAUUGCUUGUCAAAUUAGUUUCCGUGAGACAGAAGUGUGAGGAAACUUUGAGAGGGAUUGGCAGCUAAAUGGUGAAAAACAAGAAAGAACUGGAAUCAGACUGUGCAAUUUGCUGAUAAUAAACCCGUUUCCAAUCUCAUCAUAUGCCUCACAUGAGUCGCCUGUGUAAUAAACAACCUGCUAAAGUGCCGCAUGAAGCAAUUUAAUUUAGGGAAGUUUUACUAAAAAUGUCUAAUAAUUUCAGAGGCAGGUCUUCAGCCGGUCUAAUCCAGCCUCAGUGAUGCCUAAAAUUCUCUCAGCUGAUCAGCACUUGUACAGCAUAAAUGCUGACACACACACACACACACACACACACACACACACACACACACACACACACACACACACACACACACACCAUGGAAACACAGGAUUGUGGCUUAAACUGGACACUGUUUAUAGCUUCCUGUCACCUGAUGCAUGGAAAACUGUUUCCUUCCUUCGUGGUAGUCUUUUAGGAAUUUAUUCUAUUUAUUUCAAUAUGAACUUUCUGCUGGUUUAAGAUGUUAAAAGGUUUAUUUAGGAUAACAAAACCAAAACCAGGUCAUCGUUGACUGGAUGGCAGACAGGAUCAGAUCACAGUUGGUAUCUGUUGUUUUGCCAACCUUUUACUCUUCAUGUUUUCAUGGAAAAGAUUGUGUAAAUGAUCCAUUUGGUGACAGUGCUCCAUUCCACCUUAAAUCCAGGCAAAAGUUGUGUCUGUGUUGAUCUGCCUGAGGGAGAUUUGGCCCAGAGUGAGCUGCCCAUAAAUGGCCACAAUCCACACUGAAGGGAGGAUGGAGGAAAAGAAAAAGAAAUAGGCAAUAAAAAAGCUUCAGCAUGAGGAUGAAUCAGGUUAGGAAACUGUGAGGAAGGUGGGCAAGGAGUAAACGGACAAAAUCCAUAUGGUCAGAGCUUAAUACGACAGAAAUAAGAAAACAGGGCAAAGGAAAUGGAUAGGGAGAAGAACUGAGCAAGUGAACAGGGGAAAGUGUAUAUUUAGCCAAUCUAAACACAGGAAAGGCCAAAGAAACAUAUUUUAUGGUUGACUGAGAUCCUGUAACACAUUAUCAUCCUCCAGCAAGCUGAAGGGAAGUGCUCUUUAGCUCCAAGCUAAAAGAUAAACAGAGUCUACAUUCAACAUUCACAGUCCAUUUAUCAAAUAUCCUCAUUCAUAACGUGCUCCAAGGUCAACAUUCUCACCGCUCUGGCCGACUUCAAAGCUCCAAGGUGGGAAGUGAUUCCUGUGAGGAGGAGUGGAACCAACCAGCUCCGGGUGACGUUUUCUGGGGUAAUCUGGGGCAUUGUAAAUCCCAUCGGGUCAGUUGAGACCUGUGCUGAUUAGGAGAUGAGGAGUCCCUAUGCUCUGACGCCUGCUGGCCGCCAUCUUCAAAAUACAAACUCGUUUGUGUUUUAAAAUGAUGCUUGGAAAGUACUGAUUAAGCCGGUCUUGUGUGAAGAGUUGGGAUGGAGGCAGGACUGAGAGGAGUAGCUUCUGGAGGAAAUUAUAAAUUCAUGGUUUAUUUUAGAGUAUAAUUCUAGCAGCUGUUAUCAUUCCAGUGUCUAAAGGACUUUAAGCUAGUUUAAGUUGUCUUUGCAUUUGUUAUGGACCUAGUGUGCUGGUUAUCCACAGGCAGUGAUUAUACACAGAUUUAUCAUUUAGAUUUAAUUUUAGUUUACCUUGUCUACAAACGCAGAUUUUUUUUGUGUUCUGCAGUAAACUUUUGAUUAGCAUGAACUUUACUACCAGUCUGAGCUAGAGAUGCCUAACUGUCUGUUUACCUUUUACAGCUUGUUGAUUUACGUUUUUUACCUUGUUUCAUCGGAACGCUCCUGGUCAUUCCUGACAGUUGGCUGACUGGAAGCAUCCAAACAAAAACACAUUUACAGUAUUUUCCCAAGACUAAUUUUGGUGUUACCUGUGUGGCUGUGUGAUUAGCAGCAUAAUGCAGUGGUCAUAAUUAUAUUGAAGAAUAAAGUAUAUAAUAGGAUUUCCCCAUAUCUGCUGUUAGUUCGUAAACAAACGGUUACUUUAUGUUGUGUGUGUGCAGUGCAGUAUUUUUUUCAGUUACUGAACAUUUCUUGCACCCAAGUGUUUAUAAACAUGCCGGCCCUGUGUUUUUGUGUGCAUGGCAUGUGUGUGUGCAUGCAAGCGUGUGCCUGCGUGUGUGCGCGCUCGCACGGGUAUGUAUGUGUGUGUGUGCGUGCGCAUGUGCUUGCAUGUGGGUGUCUGCGGGUGUGUGCAUGCAUGCAUGUGUGUGUGUGUGUGUGCGUGCACACGUGUGUGUGUGCAUGUAUGUGUGUGUGUGUGUGUGUGUGUGUGUGUGUGUGUGUGUGUGUGUGUCCAUGCAUGUGUGUCUGGCCAGAAGGACCCUGUCAACCUGAGUGCGGUGCGAGGUGAAGUGACAGAUUUGGAUCAGUGGGGUAGACCUGCCAUUACAACUGUGCCUGGGUUAAAUAAUGUAGCGGCUCUAAUUCAUUCCCCUGAAUUAUGGAGACGAAGCAACUGGGUUUCCUGGGAGCAUUUUUCAUGUGACACAAUCUGCAUCCGUCGACUUUAGCAGAGACAUCAGUGUCUCAGACCGUCUGGAGGUCAGACAGAGAGAGACGACGAGCUGACAGAAACACCUCCAGCAAGGUGCUUGUUUGUGGAUUAUACCGCAGGUGACAUCACACAGAAGGGCUAUGAGAAGAAGCGGUCUAAGCUGAUUGGGGCCCAUUUCCCUCAAACACCAGGAAUGGAUCCAAACAGUCAGGAGAGGAGAACACCAGUCACCCCCUCCUCCUCGUCCCGUUAUAAUCGCCGACGCUCGUCUGGCUCCAGAGAUGAACGUUACAGAUCAGAUGUGCACACCGAGGCGGUGCAGGCUGCUUUGGCGAAACACAAAGAAAGGAAAAUGGCGGUACCGAUGCCAUCAAAGCGGCGGUCACUGGUGGUCCAGACCUCCAUGGAUGCCUACACGCCACCAGACACCUCCUCUGGCUCGGACGGCGAGGGUCAGGGAGAAGGCGAUGAGGAAGUAGGUGGAGACGGUGAGGAGGAGGAUGGUGGAGGUGGUGAAGGAACGCCAUCCAGCCGGGAGGGAAGCAUCACAAUGGAGCACUGGAUCAGCCAGGCGAUCCACGGAACCUCCUCAACCACCACUACCACCUCGUCCACGGCCUCCUCUUCCUCCUCCUCCACCCGCAGCGGGGGCAGCGGGGCAGCAGGAGGCAGACUGGCUGAUGUUCUGGCUCAGCACGUCCACAUUUCCUCCCAGCAUCACCUCCGCCACCACCAUCAUCAUCACCACCGCCACAAGACAGAGAACCACUCUGCUCCUCCAGAUGUCACCGGCUACACCAACAACACCACGGCCACUGAUGGGAUCCAGGUAGAGAGAGCUCCUGGGCCCGGGACCGCCACCCAGAAACAGACACCCAAAUAUGGCAACGCCGAGCUGAUGGAGACCGGAGACGGAGUUCCAGUCAGCAGCAGAGUGUCAGCUAAAAUUCAGCAGCUGGUCAACACUCUGAAGAGACCCAAACGGCCGCCGCUAAGGGAGUUUUUUGUUGACGACUUUGAGGAACUUCUGGAAGUCCAGCAACCAGACCCCAACCUGCCCAAGGCUGAAGGAGCCCAGGUGGUUGCCAUGCGAGGCGAGCAGUUGGGGGUGGUGACUAACUGGCCCCCAUCCCUAGAGGCGGCCCUACAAAGGUGGGGCACCAUUUCUCCAAAAGCCCCAUGUCUGACCACCAUGGACACAAAUGGAAAACCGCUUUACAUCCUCACCUACGGUAAACUGUGGUCCAGAAGUGUGAAGGUGGCCUACAAUCUGCUGCACAAACUGGGAACCAAACAAGAGCCACUGGUCCGGCCUGGAGAUCGGGUGGCACUUGUGUUUCCCAACAAUGACCCCGGUGCCUUCAUGACGGCUUUUUAUGGCUGCCUGCUGGCUGAGGUCGUCCCUGUGCCGAUAGAGGUCCCACUGACCAGGAAGGACGCCGGCAGUCAGCAGAUCGGGUUUCUGUUGGGGAGCUGCGGAGUCACUGUGGCUCUCACCAGCGACGCCUGUCAUAAAGGGUUACCCAAAAGUCCCACCGGAGAGAUCCCACAGUUCAAAGGUUGGCCCAAAGUGCUGUGGUUCGUCACAGAGUCCAAACACCUCUCCAAACAGCCCCGAGACUGGUUCCCAAACAUCAGAGAUGCCAGCCAGGACACGGCCUACAUCGAGUACAAGACGUGUAAAGAUGGCGGUGUCCUUGGUGUGACGGUGACGAGGAUAGCGAUGCUCACACACUGCCAGGCCCUCACACAGUCCUGUUCGUACACAGAAGCUGAAACCAUAGUGAAUGUAUUAGACUUUAAGAAGGAUGUGGGACUGUGGCACGCCAUCCUGACGAGUGUGAUGAACAUGAUGCACGUCAUCAGUAUUCCCUACGCACUCAUGAAGGUGAAUCCUCUGUCCUGGAUCCAGAAGGUCUGCCAGUAUAAAGCGAAGGUGGCAUGUGUGAAGUCGCGGGACAUGCACUGGGCUCUGGUGGCCCAUCGGGACCAGCGAGACAUCAGCCUGAACUCCCUACGCAUGCUGGUGGUGGCCGACGGUUCAAAUCCAUGGUCGAUCUCCUCUUGCGAUGCAUUCCUCAACGUCUUCCAGACGAAAGGUUUGAAGCCGGAGGUGAUCUGCCCGUGUGCCAGCUCCACCGAGGCCUUGACUGUAGCCAUACGGAGGCCUUUGGAGGAGGGCAGCACCCAUCCAAGUCGAGGCGUUUUGUCCAUGCAGGGUUUGAGUCACGGCGUAAUCCGGGUCGACUCGGAGGAGAAGCUGUCGGUUCUCACACUUCAAGAUGUUGGUUCUGUCAUGCCUGGAGGCGUGAUGUGUGUGGUGAAGCUGGAAGGUGUUCCUCAGCUCUGUAAAACUGAUGAGAUUGGAGAGUUAUGUGUUUGUACUGUUGCCACGGGAACAUCUUAUUACGGUCUGGCGGGAAUGACGAAGAACACCUUCGAGGUCUUCCCGGUGUUCAACAACGGGUCUCCCAUCAGCGAGUUCCCUUUCAUCAGGACCGGCCUGCUGGGAUUCAUCGGACCUGCCGGUCUGAUCUUUGUUGCUGGGAAGAUGGACGGUUUGAUGAUGGUGGGAGGGCGGCGUCACAACGCUGAUGACAUUGUUGCUACGGCUCUGGCGGUGGAGCCAAUGAAAUUUGUCUACAGAGGCAGGAUAGCUGUGUUCUCCAUCACGGUGCUACAUGAUGAGAGGAUCGUUGUUGUGGCUGAGCAGCGACCAGACUCAACGGAGGAAGACAGCUUCCAGUGGAUGAGCAGAGUUCUGCAGGCGAUAGACAGCAUCCACCAGGUCGGGGUGUACUGCCUGGCUCUGGUGCCCUCCAACACUCUGCCCAAGACUCCUCUGGGUGGCAUCCACCUGUCUGAGACCAAGCAGCUGUUCCUGGAGGGGGCGCUGCACCCUUGCAACGUUCUGAUGUGUCCGCACACCUGCGUCACCAACCUGCCCAAACCCCGGCAGAAACAGCCAGAGAUUGGUCCGGCCUCUGUGAUGGUCGGGAAUCUGGUGUCUGGGAAGAGGAUCGCUCAGGCCAGCGGCAGGGACCUGGGUCAGAUCGAAGACAAUGACCAGUUCCUCUUCCUGUCUGAGGUGCUGCAGUGGAGAGCUCAGAGCACACCGGACCACGUCCUGUACACACUCCUCAACAGCAGGGGUACUGUAGCCAGCUCUCUGACAUGUGUUCAGCUGCAUAAGAGAGCAGAGAAGAUUGCUGCUAUGCUAGCUGAACGGGGCCACCUGCAGGACGGAGACCACGUCGCACUGGUUUACCCUCCAGGAAUCGACCUUAUCGCUGCGUUUUACGGCUGCCUUUACGCCGGCUGCGUCCCGAUCACCGUGAGGCCUCCUCACCCACAGAACAUCGCCACCACGCUGCCCACCGUCAAGAUGAUCGUGGAGGUGAGCCGGUCGGUGUGUGUGAUGACCACACAGAUCAUCACCAAGCUGCUGAGGUCCAAGGAGGCAUCGGCAGCCGUGGAUGUACGAAUGUGGCCCCCCGUCAUAGACACGGAUGAUUUGCCAAAGAAGAAACCCCCCCUGCUGUACAAACCGUCCAACCCCGACACCCUGGCUUACCUGGACUUCAGCGUUUCCACCACCGGCAUGCUCGCUGGAGUCAAAAUGUCACACACAGCCACCAGUGCCUUCUGCCGCUCCAUCAAGCUGCAGUGUGAGCUUUACCCGUCCAGAGAGGUCGCCAUCUGCCUGGACCCGUACUGCGGCCUGGGCUUCGUCCUCUGGUGCCUUUGCAGCGUGUACUCAGGUCACCAGUCUAUCCUGAUUCCUCCAUCGGAGCUGGAAGUGAACCCGGCUCUUUGGUUGUCGGCCGUCAGUCAGUACAAAGUCCGAGACACUUUCUGCUCCUACAGUGUGAUGGAGCUCUGCACCAAAGGUCUGGGCCUGCAGACAGACUCGCUGAAGUCUCGAGGACUGGACUUGUCUCGGGUGAGGACCUGUGUGGUCGUAGCGGAGGAGCGUCCCAGGAUAGCCCUGACCCAGUCCUUCUCCAAACUCUUCAAAGACCUCGGCCUGCACCCCCGGGCCGUCAGCACCUCCUUCGGCUGCAGGGUCAACCUGGCCAUCUGCCUGCAGCCUCACAGGCUCGGAAAGCUUGCCGACCAGGGCACAUCAGGACCCGACCCGACGACCGUCUACGUGGAUAUGAGGGCACUACGACACGACAGGGUCCGACUCGUAGAGAGAGGGUCGCCACACAGUUUACCUCUGAUGGAGUCUGGGAAGAUCCUACCCGGAGUCAGAAUCAUCAUCGCCAACCCGGAGACCAAAGGACCGAUGGGAGAGUCGCAUCUGGGAGAGAUCUGGGUGCACAGUGGCCACAACGCCAGCGGUUACUUCACAGUGUACGGAGACGAGUUGCUGCAGUCGGACCACUUCAGCUCCCGACUCAGCUUCGGAGACACCCACACCGUCUGGGCUCGAACCGGAUACCUGGGCUUCCUCAGAAGGACGGAGCUCACAGACGCCAGCGGAGAGCGGCACGAUGCCCUCUAUGUGGUCGGUGCUCUGGAGGAGGCCAUGGAGCUGAGGGGGAUGCGUUAUCACCCCAUUGACAUUGAGACCUCCGUCAUCCGAACGCACAAGAGCAUCACAGAGUGCGCCGUGUUCACGUGGACCAACCUGCUGGUGGUGGUGGUGGAGCUGGACGGGUCGGAGCAGGAGGCCCUGGAUCUGGUCCCUCUGGUCACCAACGUGGUUCUGGAGGAGCACUACCUGAUCGUCGGCGUUGUGGUCGUAGUCGACAUCGGCGUCAUCCCCAUCAACUCCAGAGGCGAGAAGCAGCGGAUGCAUCUACGCGACGGCUUCCUGGCUGACCAGCUGGACCCCAUCUAUGUGGCCUACAACAUGUAGCGCCCCCUGGUGGAGGGUUAAGCUGAAUUCUGGUGCUGAGCUCAAAGGAAGUAGCGGACCCCAUUUGCCCUGAGAUUUGAGCUGAUUAUUAACCGAAUCACGCCAACGUUACCUAGAGUCUAUAACGUUUAAAUCGUGAGAUUUAAAAAUGAAACACCCUCGGAAAAGUUUUGGCUCUUUUGUUUUUAAAAAUCAGAGAUGUGUUUUCAGACGAUUAGGAGGAGCAAAGGGUCGCUGAUUACUGGUUUUACAAUGAGGUACGGUCAUUUCAUGUCAGCUUUAGUCAUUUAUCUAUUUUCUAAACAAAGUGGCCCAUUUCAGCAGCUGACACACACACACACACACACACACACACACACACACACACACACACACACACACACACACACACACACACACACACACACACACACACACACACACACACACACACACACACACACACACACACACACACACACACACACACACACACACACACAAGCAGCCUUUAACUGGUUUCACAUUAGUCAGCAGCUUCAGCUGAAUUGUUCAUAAACUCUUAUCAUGUAAUUAUGUACAAAAACAAACUGACUUAAUUUAUUUUGUUUCUCUUAACAGAAGUUUAUGACGACACAAUCAAGAAUGUUUUGCUCUUGAAUAUUUGCUGAAGAGCCUCGUAUUAUCUUGAGUGAAGCAGACGCACAUCAAACAUAUUAUUAAAGAAAUUACAAACAUGUGACAGUUUGCAUUUUAGUCUGAAAUGUGAAACUUGGCUGAGUUUUAUUGUGGUUUUAAAUUUAAAAUUAGCUAAGAAAAGUUUCUUUUGGCAAGAUGGCUGCCCUCUGGUGGUGAUGAAAGAAAGUACAGCUAAUGCCAAAAGGAAGAAACAUCUAAAUCGUCAUCUCACCUUCGCUGGAGUAUAACUCCUGCCUGCAGAACCGGACUUGUUCUCCCGCCACCGCAAACUGUAAAUAACAGAACGGAGAGUCCGUCAUAUUUUUACAUGGACAGAUCAAUCAGGGCUCACACGGUGAUGUCAUCAACAGGAAUAAGUGUUUUAAUCAGAGACCCUUUAAGAGCAGCAGAGAAUGUUCUGGUUUCAACACAAGAGGGUUUUAAAAAAUAUAUUAAAGAAGCACUUUCCUCACUGUUUUUCUUCUCAAAAAAUGUAUGUCAAGUUUUUUUUAAUGUGUUUGCAUCAUGUCUUUCAUUUAAUUAAACAUUUCAACAAUUUUGACUAUAAAAACAUGUUUGUCUUGUUGUAAUUACUAGUUGUAGGAAAUCAGACCAUCACAAAGUUUGUUAAACCAAAUUAAACUUUAAUUUUUUUCCCACUAUUUGAGAAUUACGUUUACUACGAGGCCUGCCUUUUAAUGUUCAGAUCCAUUUUUAGAAAGAUAUCAAUCUUCAGGGGUUUAUUAAAAUGUUGCUAAAAUAUAUAAAAACAUCUUUCUAUAAUGCAUUUUUGUAAUAUAUUAGAAGUAAUUCUCAUUUAGUUACUGGUGUCAAACCAAAUCCCACUAAAUGGUUCAACUAUCAAAGGUUCACGCAUGUUUGGAAAAUUUGAUUUUCUCAUUAAUAAAAGAAAACUUCACUAAAACUGUAGCGUACUAAUAAGUAUGUGAUGUCAGAUUAAGGUGAUGUCUACGUUUGAAUAAUUCACCAAUGCAGUUAAAAUGGAAGUAAGCCUAUAAAAACAGUAACCUGUUGGGAAAAUGUCGCCCUCUUGUGGCCAUCUAGUGACAUUUUGUACUGUAUUCCUGAGUGACCCACAUCGAGCCUGUUGCUGUUUUCAUAAACAUAAUCUAAAAACAUGGUAGACAGACUAAAAACGACUGAAAAAGCAGAUUUUGGUCUUAAAGUAGAAACUGAAUGUGAUGAUUACAAGUUUUAGAUUUUUUUUUUUUUUUUGGUUAAAGUUGUAAUGUCCAGCAAUGGUCAGCUUUAAGUACAGUUUGACCCUUCACUAUCUGAUCAAAAUGGAGACACGAGACUGCAUUUGUUUCCUUAAAUCUGCCUGCCUUUAUCCCAUCAGCUGGAGCUCAGAGCCUCUCUGCAGCUCUGAACACGUGAUAACGUAUUUCUUUAUCCCAGAUCAGAGCAUCCGGUAUCUGAGAAGGCGUAGUUGCUGAGGUUGCCUUGGUAAUAUUCCUCAACAUGCCAACCUCUGGUUGGCCACACAAAUCAUAACAUGAGAUCAUUAAAACAUGAUCACUCUGGUGAUUCAGCAAUUGCAGUUGGUCGAGUUCCAGCUCUACAGUUCUAGAGGAAGCUACGGAAACAGUCGUCCGUGGUGAGGUCUUUCACUAAGCAGCUUCGACACGCUGUCAAGGUUGUUGCAAAGCUGACAGCAAAAAGUUCCUGCAGAACAAGCUGAUUUUGUUCCGACUCCUUAGGGUCUAGACGCAAACAGUUCCAUCCAACCUGUGUGCCUGGCGACAUCUCUGGAUGGGAGAAGUCGGCGCUGUGGUCAGUCUACUGGACCUGGGUACUAAGAGGUCAUCCGACCUCGAUGACCACCUGAUCCGUGAAGAGGGUCUCCGAAGGGGGUGAGGUAGAACACAGUGUGAUUGCGUCUGAUGCGUUUUGAUAAGAAUUAACUUCGUAGCUUAACGCAAACCAAAUUCUUUUACACCCUAGAUACGAAAGUUCUGAUAACAUCGCAUUCACACAUAGGCAAUAUAUACUACAUCUAGAUUCAUCCAUCACAGGAAAUAUUAGUUAACUUGUCAUGUUUAAAUUGUUUGUGAAUUAAAUCCUUACUUUUACAAACCUGACUCUUUCCUUGAAUCAAAACAAAGUGUUUACAAUCCCUGAAUAAAACAAAGAAUCCUAGAAUCUUCUGACUAAACAUGGUAAAGACCAAGCAGGUUGAUAUUCUAUAUUUAUAUAGAGUAUCACAGCUUAUUGGUCAUAAGUAGAGGUAAUAUAUAUACUGAGCUCUUAAAGCACUCAAUUUACCAAACCCUACAAAGUUAAAAUGUAAUGGCUCAAAUUAGCUAAGAAAGAUUUAAGUAAAAUACGUUACAUUAAUUUGUUUUAACGUUUGUUUAAAGUUUCACAUAAUCUUGUGUGGAAAGUUGCUGCCUUCUAGCGGUAAUUAUAGGAAGGACACGUUUUUCCCCCACAACAGAUUUCGUCAUCAAAAAGCGCUAGCAUUUUGCUGCAGGGCCAUGGUUGGACAACAAAUUAAAAGAUUAUAAACAAAUUCCUAUUGCUAUUGAUAAAAUAAAGCUAUUCUCUGCAGCAUGUGGACUUAAGCUAAAUUUGAAAAAAUGUGAACUAUUGGCUAUUCAUGACUCCCCUCUAAAAGAAAUUUGUAACAUUCCCAUCAAAUCCGAAAUUAAAUAUCUAGGAACAUAUAUUUCCAAAGACCAACAAUUUAACCUAAGGACAAACAUAACAAAUAAACUUAAUGAAAUUAAAGCCUAACUAAAUAUUUGGCUUCAGAGGGAUCUCUCCAUAUUAGGGCGCAUUUGUUUAACCAAAAUGGAGAGUAUAUCUCGAUUAGUUUAUCCAACCUGCAGUACUGCAAUUUCAAACAAGCUAAUUAAAAAGAUUAACACCAUCAAUUUUAACUUCAUUUGGAGAAAUAAGCCACACUAUAUAAAGAAAGAUCAAAUGGUCAAAGAAAUUAAAGAUGGAGGCUUAAUAGUAAUAGAUUUCAAUUGCCUUAACGGAACACUCAAAAUGAAUUGGCUAAAAUCAUGGCUCAAGAAUCCGAACGCUUUCUGGUAUUCUAUCCCCACUCAUAUAUUUAACAAAAUGGGUGGUCUAAAAAUGUUACUGUUAUCAGAUUUUGAUAUAAACAAACUGCCCACAAAAUUAUCAGAGUUCCACAAACAAGUACUAUUGGAAGUUGUUGUAUGUACAUAAUUAUUCCCCUCACUCAUCUAUAAUUUGGAACAAUAGAUAUGUAUUAUGCAGUAAUAGGUCACUAUUUUAUGAAGAUUAGAUGAAUAGGAAAAUGUGGUCUGUUGUACACUUGAUGAAAGAUAAUGGUGAACUACUAGGGUACGAUGAAUUUUGUCUUAAAUAUAACUUUAGCCCUCCUAAAUCUGAUUUUAUAAAAUUAUUAAUAGCGCUUCCUAAAGAGGUGGUCUUCCAGUACAGAAACAUUAUUCAUCACCAACCUAUAAAUCCACAGUAUGGUUCUAUCUCCAUCCAAGGUAUUCCCCUUAUGGAUAAAAAGUGUACCAACCAAUUUAUUAGACGGUGUUUUACUGAUCAACUAAACCCUUGUAAAGUCAACAAGAACAACAUAAUUUACAAAUUUGGUAAAAGCGCCAUUAUUAAACUAAGGACUCUUUAUUUAAAACUUCCUGUUCAACCUAAAGUCAAAAAAACACAUUUUAAAAUUUUAAACAAUCAGUGGCGGCUGGUGAAAAAUAUUUUUGGUGGGGCUGUGCUAUUUUUUAUUUUUAAACAAACUUGUGCUUUCUGAGCUUUGUGCACAACUUCACUAUUUCCUGAAUUAAGCACAGCUCUUUUAUUUCCCCUCUUACAUCAUUGGACAAACUGAUUAAUCCAGGUGUGUCUGACUAUUGGCACGCUGCCUUGCGGACCAAGGUUGAAAAAUACUGCAUUAAAUUGCACAUAUAAAUGGUAAAUAGGCAAUGCAAGAGGCAAGUAACAAAAACAUUUUGUUUAAUUUCAACAAUUGAGUGAACACGAAAAAUUAUGAGCAGGUCACUGUUACAGUAAUGGUAGUAAACACCACUUAGACAAAAUGCCAGAAAUUUACACUGUUAAAUAUUUCUUUGAGUGUUGUGCCAAGGUCAACUUUAUACAAAGAUCAAGUGAAUGCAUUUGUGUGUGUGUGUGUGUGUGUGUGUGUGUGUGUGUGUGUGUGUGUGUGAUACCUCAUUUGUACAGAAAUUUUGCCCUUCUGUCCUUCUGAGUGGCAAAGCUCUCGAUGACCUUUUUAUUGAAGUCAGGAAUGUUUGUGACAAGCUUUUCUUCCAUGGAGAGCAUGGCAAGAGCAUUCAGCCGAUCCUGUGUCAUGGUGUUCCUCAGGAAAGUCUUAAUCCUCUUUAAAGUAGAUAAAUAAAAAAACAACAGAUAAGUACAUAGGAAACACUCUCAUGGGAAAUAAUGUCAUCAGUAUCCUCUUACAAAUGUCAUAUUUCCCAGUUUUUGGGACAAUAAAACAUUUCUGAUUCUCAAUUAGAUGUUUUUACAUUUGAGGUAAAAACAUCUAAUUGAGAAUCAGAAAUGUUUUAUUGUCCCAAAAGCAGGGAAAUUUGUUUGCUGCAGCAGAAGUGUAACAAGUAAAAUGGAAUCAGAUUGAUGUAUGUACAAAUUUACAUGAAAUACACAUUUACGUGAUUAAAUAUGUAUUAUAAGUAUGCGUGUUGAAAUGAGUUUUUACAGUUAUUGCACAUUAAACAAUGUACAUGUUAUUAAACAAAUGUCCCGGUUUGUGGGACAACCAA